UGUGUGCCGCCGCUCCCGAAGCACCAGGCGCUCCCCCUGCGCGCCCGCGGUCCCACUCCGGGCCCCGGGGCUCCAGACGCCGCCGCCCGACGGUGACAUGGGCGUCCCCCUGGUCCCGGAGGCCGGUGGCCGGCACUGGGGGCCUGUGCUCCUCGCUCUCUUCCUGGCUGCCUCCCGAGGUCUGGUGGCAGCCUUCAAGGUCGCCACGCCAUAUUCCCUGUACCUGUGUUCUGAGGGCCAGAAUGUCACCCUCACCUGCAGGAUCAUGGGCCCCAUGGCCAAAGGGCACGACGUGACCUACUACAAGACAUGGUACCGCAGCUCACGGGGCGAAGUGCAGGUCUGCUCGGAGCGCCGGCCCAUCCGCAACCUCACGUUCCAGGACCUUCACCUGCACCACAGCGGCCACCAGGCCAACACCAGCCAGGACCUGGCCCAGCGCUACGGGCUGGAAUCGGUCUCCGACCACCAUGGCAACUUCUCCAUCACCAUGAGCAACCUGACCCCCAUGGACAGCGGCCUCUACUGCUGUCUGGUGGUGGAGAUCAGGCACCACCACUCGGAGCAGAGGGUCCACGGUGCCAUGGAGCUGCAGGUGCAGACAGACAAAGCAGCGUCAACCCAGUGCAUCGCGUACCCGCCCUCACCCAGGGAGAGUGAAAGCAUCACAGCGGCUGCUCUGGCUACAGGCGCCUGCAUCGUGGGCAUCCUCUGCCUUCCCCUCAUCCUGCUCCUGGUCUACAAGCAAAGGCAGGUGGCCUCCAACCGCCGUGCCCAGGAGCUGGUGCGUAUGGACAGCAACAACACACAAGGAGUUGAUAACCCCGGCUUUGAGGUCUCCCCGUCCUUCCAGGGCAUGCCGGAGGCCAAACCCAGGUCUCCGCUGUCCUACAUGGCUCAGCGGCAGCCUUCAGAGUCCGGGCGGCACCUGCUCUCCGAGCCCUGCACUCCUCUGUCUCCACCAGGCCCUGGCGAUGUCUUCUUCCCAACCCUCGACCCCGUGCCUGACUCCCCAAACUCUGAGGCCAUCUAGACCAGCUGGGGCCAGUGGGCAACUGUGGCGGGGCCUGGGGCAGGUGCU